CGUCGCGUCUCCGUACUCGGUCAGUAAUUCCCGUCUCGGAUGUGAUCAAAACGUUCCGCCGACUCUUGAAAUAUUCAAUCGGACACUCGUCGGCGUCGCGUUAGUUAGCGCGCGUUUCUCGUCGCCUCGGUCGUAUUUACGCGCGCGUGUGUGUGUGUGUGUGUGUGUCGGUGUCAGUGUCAGUGUCGGUGUCAGCACCACGUAUGAGUAUUCAGCACGAGGGAGCAGCCAAGAGCUCAGGAUGAGGAAGUCAGGGCGCCGAGACGCGAAAAGCGGUGCAUCACGCACUCGCAGAAGAGAACCCGUCAGCACUUGCGGUGACUGCGACACCCGGAAGAUGCAGUUUCGGUGGAUGCGACCGCUGCACCGGAGGAUCCGGUUCGGGCCCAGCAGGGUCGGCUCGAAGAACCGUAAGCGGAACGCGGCCGACCCUGAGUUCCCGCUAAUUGAGUAGUGAAAUUAGCCAGCCCGGAAUGAUUUCGACAGCAAACAUGGAGCUCGCAAACGGAUCGCUGCAUUUUUAUCUAUAAUUACAAAUUGGAUCGG